GCGGCUACAAUGACCUGUGCCCGUCAGCCAGCAGGUGGCUGGGUGCAGGGCAGGGAGCUGCCGCCCCAGAUGGAGAAGUUCCAGGCAGCGAUGGUUCUGGGGAGUGUGGGCGACGCUUUGGGCUACAGGAAUGUCUGCAGAGAGAAUAGUGCCUGCGGCUCAGAUAUGCAGGAGUUGCUGCAAGACGGAGGCCUGGGCCACCUCGUGCUCUCUGCUGAAAAGUGGCCCGUAAGUGACAACACCCUGAUGCACAUUGCCACCGCAGAGGCCCUCACCACAGACUACUGGUGCCUGGACGACCUAUACCGGGAGAUGGUGAGACGUUACGUGGGUGUGCUGGACAAGCUCCCAGAGCGCCGGCCGGACCCUGCCACCAUCGACGGCUGCGCCCAGCUGAAGCCCAACAACUACCUCCUCGCCUGGCACACGCCCUUCAAUGAAAAGGGCUCAGGCUUCGGAGCGGCCACGAAAGCCAUGUGCAUCGGCAUGCGGUAUUGGCAGCCGGAGCGGCUGGCAACCCUGGUGGAGGUCAGCGUCGAGUGCGGCAGGAUGACCCACAACCACCCCACAGGCUUCCUAGGGUCCCUGUGCACCGCCCUGUUUGUGUCCUACGCCGUGCAGGGACGGCCGCUGGAGUGCUGGGGCAGGGACAUGCUGAGGGCCGUCCCACUGGCCGAGGAGUACUGCAAGAAGACCAUCCGGCACAUGGCAGAGUACCAGGAGCACUGGUUCUACUUCGAGGCCAAGUGGCAGUUCUACCUGGAGGAGAGGAAGAUCAGUGAGGACACAGGUGACAGAGCCUCCUUCCCCGACAGCUACGGCGCGGCAGAGCGCGAGAAGACCUACAAGAAGUGGAGCUCGGAGGGCCGCGCGGGGCGGCGAGGCCACGACGCCCCCAUGAUCGCCUAUGAUGCUCUCCUCGCGGCGGGGGACAGCUGGACCGAGCUGUGUCACCGGGCCAUGUUUCACGGAGGCGAGAGCGGGGCCACGGGGACCAUCGCGGGCUGCCUGUUCGGACUGCUCUACGGCCUGGAUGGCGUUCCCGAGGGCUUGUACCGGGACCUGGAGCACAGGGCCACACUGGAGCGCCUGGGCACAGCCCUCUACCGCCUGUCCACCGAGGAGAAGUAAAGCUGCUUCUGCCACUGCCUCCGGGGCUGCUCUGGGCGCCCUCCGCGCACGCGUAGCCCAUAGGCGAGGGUACUGUUGGCUCUCCUGCGCAGCAGACCGCUCGGUGCUGGAGUUGGUGGGACCCCCAGUUUCGGGCCCUCACUGCCCUGUAAAAGGCAUGGUGUGUCCCCCCCACCUCCCGCAUGACCUCGGGCUCCCAGGCUCGCCCCAACAUGGUGUUGACAGGCG